CCCGAGCGCGCCCACCUGAGCCCCCGCGCCGGCGCCAUGGCGGAGCAGGAGAGCCUGGAAUUCGGCAAGGCAGACUUCGUGCUGAUGGACACCGUCUCCAUGCCCGAGUUCAUGGCCAACCUCAGGCUCAGAUUUGAAAAAGGGCGCAUCUAUACGUUCAUUGGAGAAGUCGUCGUUUCUGUGAACCCUUACAAGUUGUUGAACAUCUAUGGAAGAGACACAAUUGAGCAGUAUAAAGGCCGUGAGCUGUAUGAGAGACCGCCUCAUCUUUUUGCUAUUGCGGAUGCUGCUUACAAGGCUAUGAAGAGGCGAUCAAAAGACACUUGUAUUGUGAUAUCAGGGGAAAGUGGAGCUGGUAAAACGGAAGCCAGUAAGUACAUUAUGCAGUAUAUUGCGGCCAUCACCAACCCCAGUCAGAGAGCAGAGGUUGAAAGAGUGAAGAAUAUGUUGCUUAAGUCCAACUGUGUUUUGGAAGCUUUUGGAAAUGCCAAAACCAACCGUAAUGACAACUCAAGCAGGUUUGGAAAAUACAUGGAUAUCAACUUUGACUUCAAGGGUGACCCUAUUGGUGGGCAUAUCAAUAACUACUUACUAGAAAAGUCUCGAGUGAUUGUGCAACAGCCAGGAGAAAGAAGCUUUCAUUCUUUCUAUCAGCUACUCCAAGGAGGUUCAGAACAAACACUACGCUCUCUACAUCUCCAGAAAUCCCUUUCAUCCUAUAACUAUAUUCAUGUGGGAGCUCAAUUAAAGUCUUCUAUCAAUGAUGCUGCCGAAUUCAAAGUUGUUGCUGAUGCCAUGAAAGUCAUUGGCUUCAAACCUGAGGAGAUCCAAACAGUGUAUAAGAUUUUGGCUGCUAUUCUGCACUUGGGAAAUUUAAAAUUUGUAGUAGAUGGUGACACGCCUCUUAUUGAGAAUGGCAAAGUAGUAUCUGUCAUAGCAGAAUUGCUCUCUACUAAGACAGAUAUGGUUGAGAAAGCCCUUCUUUACCGGACCGUGGCCACAGGCCGUGACAUCAUUGACAAGCAGCACACAGAACAAGAGGCCAGCUACGGCAGAGAUGCCUUUGCCAAGGCAAUAUAUGAGCGCCUUUUUUGUUGGAUCGUUACUCGCAUCAAUGAUAUUAUUGAGGUCAAGAACUAUGACACCACAAUCCAUGGGAAAAACACUGUUAUUGGUGUCUUGGAUAUCUAUGGCUUUGAAAUCUUUGACAACAACAGUUUUGAACAAUUCUGCAUCAAUUACUGCAAUGAGAAACUGCAGCAGCUAUUUAUUCAGCUGGUUCUGAAGCAAGAACAAGAGGAAUACCAGCGGGAAGGGAUCCCCUGGAAACACAUUGACUACUUCAACAAUCAGAUCAUUGUUGACCUCGUGGAGCAACAGCACAAAGGGAUCAUUGCAAUCCUUGAUGAUGCUUGCAUGAAUGUCGGCAAAGUCACCGAUGAAAUGUUUCUUGAAGCACUUAACAGUAAAUUGGGCAAGCACGGCCAUUUUUCCAGCCGAAAGCUCUGUGCCUCAGACAAAAUUCUGGAGUUUGAUCGAGAUUUUCGAAUUCGACAUUAUGCAGGCGAUGUAGUCUAUUCUGUCAUUGGUUUUAUUGACAAAAAUAAAGAUACUUUAUUUCAAGAUUUCAAGCGCCUUAUGUAUAACAGUUCAAAUCCUGUGCUCAAGAAUAUGUGGCCUGAAGGCAAACUGAGCAUUACAGAGGUGACCAAGCGACCUCUGACUGCUGCUACCUUGUUUAAGAAUUCUAUGAUUGCUCUAGUAGACAACCUUGCAUCAAAGGAACCAUACUACGUUCGUUGCAUCAAACCCAAUGACAAGAAAUCUCCACAGAUAUUUGAUGAUGAACGCUGCCGGCACCAAGUAGAAUAUCUUGGACUACUGGAAAAUGUGAGAGUGCGUCGGGCAGGAUUUGCCUUCCGCCAGACAUACGAGAAGUUUCUGCACAGGUAUAAGAUGAUCUCUGAAUUCACCUGGCCCAACCAUGACCUUCCUUCAGACAAAGAGGCUGUCAAGAAACUGAUUGAACGGUGUGGUUUUCAGGAUGAUGUAGCUUAUGGGAAGACCAAAAUUUUCAUUCGAACACCCCGAACAUUGUUUACCUUGGAAGAACUCCGUGCCCAGAUGCUCAUAAGGAUUGUCCUCUUUCUACAAAAGGUGUGGCGGGGCACCCUGGCCCGCAUGCGGUACAAAAGAACCAAGGCAGCUCUAACCAUAAUCAGGUACUACCGGCGCUACAAAGUGAAAUCGUACAUCCACGAGGUGGCCAGACGCUUCCAUGGCGUCAAGACCAUGCGAGACUACGGGAAGCACGUGAAGUGGCCAAGCCCUCCUAAAGUUCUUCGCCGUUUUGAGGAGGCCCUGCAGGCGAUUUUCAAUAGAUGGAGAGCAUCCCAGCUCAUCAAGAGCAUUCCGGCCUCAGACCUGCCCCAGGUCAGGGCAAAGGUUGCAGCCAUGGAAAUGUUGAAGGGUCAAAGGGCUGACCUCGGACUCCAGAGGGCCUGGGAGGGCAACUAUCUUGCUUCAAAGCCAGAUACACCUCAGACCUCAGGCACUUUUGUCCCUGUUGCUAAUGAAUUGAAACGGAAGGACAAAUACAUGAAUGUCCUCUUUUCCUGUCACGUCCGUAAGGUAAAUCGAUUUAGUAAGGUGGAAGACAGAGCAAUUUUUGUCACUGACCGUCACCUAUAUAAAAUGGAUCCCACUAAACAGUACAAGGUGAUGAAGACUAUCCCUCUAUACAAUUUGACUGGUCUUAGUGUCUCCAAUGGAAAGGACCAACUUGUAGUGUUCCAUACAAAAGACAACAAAGACCUCAUUGUCUGCCUCUUCAGCAAACAGCCAACCCAUGAGAGUCGAAUUGGAGAACUUGUUGGGGUGCUGGUGAAUCAUUUCAAGAGUUUAGACGUGGCUUCUCUUUCUCGCAACAAACACAUAUUUGGAAUCAGAUGUCCACAUAUCUAAUUCUAUUGUGUUCAUUUUGGCUGAUAAAUGUAUAGAGCAUAAUUUUGGAAGUGGGCUGCACAGACCAUUUAUUUUAUGUUAUUGCACCUUGCAUUCUAGAUCAAAGUAGAUCUUUAAAUAUUUUCUAUCAUUAAAUGCUUUUAGAUGCUAUAAGUAAAGUAAUACUUAAUGGUCAUUUGUGGGGAAAAAAUAAGAAAGUAAUUACCAAAAAUAAUAAUAAACACAUAGGCUUUUGAAAAUUCCUUUCCAUCUGCCAAAUAAAUGUAAAGCUAAGAAAAAUUUAAAAAGUUUAGAAUGUGGCCAGGCGCAGUGGCUCACGCCUGUAAUCCCAGCACUUUGGGAGGCCGAGGCGGGCGGAUCACGAGGUCAGCAGAUCGAGACCAUCCUGGCUAACAUGGUGAAACCCCGUCUCUACUAAAAAUACAAAAAAUUAGCUAGGCUUGGUGGCGGGCACCUGUAGUCCCAGCUACUCGGGAGGCUGAGGCAGGAGAAUGGCGUGAACCCGGGAGGCGGAGCUUGGCGUGAGCCGAGAUCGUGCCACUGCACUCCAACCUGGGCGACAGAAGGAGACUCCGUCUCAAAAAAAAAAAAAAAAAGUUUAGAAUGUAAGGAAAAGACAUAAAGAAGGCAUCUCUGCAAUAAAUGUCUAUAACUCAAAUAAGCAAGCUUAUUUUCCUGCUAAUAUUUAUAGCAAAGUAUAGAAAAUUAAAAGAAUUUUAAUUUGUUACUCUUAAUUUGGAUACCAGUACUAAUGAAUGCAAGAGGUUUUGCCUGGGAAAUUGAAGUAUUUUAUCUCUAUCUGGGUGCUUAUUUAGCAAAUUCUGAUCUAUUAAGUGCCUUCUACAAGUGACAGAAAUACGUGAAUCUGGACGUAGAUUUCAUCAGUUGCUUUCUUUUCCUAGCUAGCAUAUGCAUGCUGAGGUACAUUUCUAGGCAUAUGCCCUCUAUCUUUAAUGUAUGUAAGGAUUUUUAAUUUCUUUAAAAUUUAUAAAUGUAAAGAGAAGACUAUCAAGAUGCUAGGAUUUUUUUGAUGGAUUUUUUUUUUUUUUUAAUUCUUGGUGUUUCUAUCUUAUGAAUUAAGAGUGAAGUGGAAAUGAGAUAAAAUCUUUCCUCCCAGACCCCAGAAAAGUCAGGCUUGAAAUUUUGACUUAGAGUUUUAGUCAUCAACUUACUAUUGACUUUUUGGGAAAAGGUUAAUUUGAUUUUUUCUAGCAAUUUUCCUUUAUUGUCAAUUAUCAUAUCAUUGCCAUGACAUUGAAAUUCACGUUGUAUUUUAUAAGCAUAAUGUUGUGGCUCAUAAUCUUAUUUGUCCCUGAGUUAAUUAUGGAAAUCCAAAGGUUCGAGAGGGAAUUGGCUUCAGACCAAUUCUUUAUCUUCCAGAUAAUUUCCCUAAAGUACAUUCUGAGAUGUGUUCUUGUCAGCAGUUGGGAGGAAAGGGCCCAAAACUUCCCAAGGCUGAGGAAAGAACCAGCUAAGAGGACCAGAGGGAACAGUGCCCAGCCUCACAAAGAGCCAGGAGUAGUUUCUGAUCUAACAAGGCAGACUAAAGAACUUCGUCAUUCACAGGGUAAUUGGGUAGAGUACUCAGAAGGGUUUUGCCUCAGUAGGGGGGAAUAAUUGGCCCUAGAAUAAAUGCUGCUCUGGUACCGCCUAAUAAAUCUUAAAAGCAAGACCCAAAAGGAUCAAACUGCUUCCAAGUAACUUAGCUACGUCCUGAAACAAAGCUCAUGUAUAUUUAUAAAAAUACAAAAAUAUCCAUACCCAACAGGUAAAAUUCACAAUGUCUGACAUCCAGUCAAAGAUUAUGGGCAUGCAAAUAGGAAAAUACAGUCCAUUAUGAGGGAGAGAAUCAUCCCUUUGAAACCAACCCAGAACAGACAAAGACACUAGAAUUAGCAGAUACAGACAUUGUAAGUCAUUAUAACUAGAUUUCAGAUGUUUAUAAGUUAACUAGAGAUAUGGAAGAUGUAAAAAAAAGACCCAAAUCGAACUUCUAGAUGAAAAAUACCUGAUGUUUGAAAUAUUCCAUGAUUUGAAAAGAAAACAAAACAAGACAAAGCCUGUCCUCAAAUAAAUUUUUCCUCAUCACCAUGAGCUGAAGCCAGAACUUUCCUGGCAUUUCCUUUCACAUGAAUCUUGAAAUAAAAACCAACUAAGUAUAAAUUAGUCUCUCUUUCACCUCCUGCAGUCUUUAUUCAAUCCGGACUCAUUAUUUCUGCCUCUCCAAGUACACACCCACAUAUUUCAUGUUUGCUAAAACAUUUGAAGUAAAGUACAGGCAUACCUCGUCUUACUGUUCUUUGCAUUAUUACACUUCACAGAUAUUGUGGUUUUUAUAAAUUGAAGGUUUGUGGCAACCCUGCAUUGAACAAGUCUAUUAGUGCCGUUUUUCCAACAGCAUAUGCUCACUUUGUGUCUCUGGACACUGGAAGAAGAUGCCAUCUAGAACUUUCGUAGCCAGAGAGGAGGUCAAUGCCUAGCUUCAAAGGACAGGCUGACUCUUUCGUUAGGAGCUAACAAAUUGCCACAGCAAUUUUGAUAAUUCUCAUAAUAUUUCAAAACUUUAUAUUGUUAUUAUCUGCUAUGGUGGUCUUUGAUCAGUGAUCUUUGUUAUUACUGUAAUCAUUUCAGGGCACCACAAACUGUACCCGUGUGGGUACAGACUUAACUGAUCAAUAUUGUGUGCGUUCUGACUGCUCCACUGACCAUCUAUUCCCUCGUCUCUCUUCCUCUCCUCAGGCUCCCCUAUUCCCUGAGAUACAACAAGAUUGAAAUUAGGUCAGUUAAUAACCCCACAAUGGCUUUUAAAUGUUCAAGUGAAUGGUAGAGUUGCACAUCUCUCAGUUUAUUUUAAAAACUAGAAAUGAGCCAGUAUCAUGGCUCAUUCCUGCGACCCCAGCACUUUGGGAGGUUAAAGCAGGAGGAUUGCUUGAGGCCAGGAGUUCCAGACCAAGGUCUGCGCAACACAGUGAGACUCCACCUCUACAAAAACAUUUAAAAAUCAGUCAAGCAUGGCGGCACACACCUGUAGUCUGUAGUCCCAGCUACUUAAAUAGGCUCAAUUCAAGGCUGCAGUGAGCCAUGAUUGUGCCACUGCACUCCAACCUGGGCGACAGAACAAGACCCUGUCUCAAAAAAAGAAAAAAAGGGAAAAGAAAAAGCUAGAAAUGAUUAAGCUUAGUGAGGAAGGCAGGUUGAAAGCUGAGAUAGGCCAAAAGCUGGGCCUCUUAAAUUAAACAGCCCAGUUGUGAAUGCAAAGGAAAAGUGCUGCUGCAGUGAACACGUGAAUAAUAACAAAGUGAAACAGUCUUAUUGCUGAUACGGAGAAAGUUUGAGUGGUCUGGAUAGAAGAUCAAACCAGCCACAACAUUCCCUUAAACCAAAGCCUAAUGCAGAGCAAGGCCCUAAACUGUCUUAAAUUCUUUGAAGGCUGAGAGAGGUGAGGAUGCUGCAGACAAAAAGUGGAAGCUAACAGAGGUUGGUUCAUGAGAAUUAAGAAAAGAAGACAUUUCCAUAACAUAAAAGUGCAAGGUGAAGCAGCAAGUGAUGAUGGAGAAGCUGUGGCAAGGUAUUCAGAAGACCUAGCUAAGAUAAUUGAUUAAGGUGGCUACACGAAACAACAGAUUUUUCAAUGCAGACAAAAUAGCCUUACACUGGAAGAAGAUGCCAUCUAGGACUUCCAUAGCUAGGGAGGAGAAGGUCAAUGUCUAGCUUCAGAGGACAGGCUGACUCUUUUGUUAGGAGCUAAUGCAGCUAGUGUGUUUAAGUUGAAGCCAGUGCUCACUGACUGUUCCAAAAAUCCCAGGGCCCUUAAAAUUACACAAAAUCUACUCUGCCUGUGCUCUAUAAAUGAAACACAAGGCCUGGAUGACAGCACAUCUGUUUAUAGCACAGUUUGCUGAAUAUUUUAAGCCCACUGUUGAGACCUGCUGCUCAGAAAAAAAAAAAAGAUUCCUUUCAAAACAUUACUACUCUUUGAUAAUACAUCUAGUUAUCCAAGAGCACUGACGGAAAUGUACAAGGCUUGAUUAAUGUUGUUCCCAUGCCUACAAACACAGCAUCUAUUGUACAGCCCGUGGAUAAAGGAGUAAUUUCAACUUUCAAGCCUAAUUAUUUAAGAAACACAUUUCAUGGCUGGGCAUGGUGGCUCACGCCUAUAAUCCCAACACUUUUGGAGGCCGAGGUGGGCUGAUCACCUGAGGUCAGGAGUUUGAGACCAGCCUGGCCAACAUGGUGAAACCCCGUCUCUACUAAAAAUACAAAAAUUAGCCGGGCAUGGUGGCAUGCACCUGUAAUCCCAGCUACUUGGGAUGCUGAGAUAGGAGAAUUGCUUGAACCUGGGAGGCAGAGGUUGCAGUGAGUCAAGAUCACACCACUGCACUCCAGCCUGGGCAACAGAGUGAGACUCUGUCUCAAAAAAAAACAAAAGGAAAGAAAAACAUUUCAUACGGCCACAGCUGCCAUAAAUAGUGAUUCCUCUGAUGGAUCUGGGCAAAGUAAACUGAAAACCUUCUGGAAAGGAUUCACCAUUCUAGAUGCCACUAAGAACAUUUGUGAUUCAUGGGAGGAGGUCAAAAUAUUAAUACUAACAGAAGUUUGGAAAACAUCGAUUCCAACUCUCAUGGAUGACUUUGAGGGGUUCAGGACUUCAUUGGAGGAAGUUAUUGCAGAUGUGGUAGAAAUAGCAAGAGAACUAGAAUUAGAAGUGGAGCCUGAAGAUGUGACUGAAUUGCUGCAGUCUCAUGAUAAAACUUGAAUAGAUGAGGAGUAGCUUCUUAUGGAAGAGCAGAGAAAGUGGUUUCUUAAGAUGGAAUCUACACCUGAUGAAGAUGCUAUUAACGUUGUUGAAAUGAUGACAAAGCAUCUAAAAUAUUAUAUGAACUUAGUUGAUAAAGCAGUGACAGGGUUUGAGAGGAUUGACUCCAAUUUUGAAAGACAUCCUAUUAUGGGUAAAAUGCUCUCAAACAGCACUGCAUGCUAUAGAGAAAUCUUUCAUGAAAGCAAGAGUCAAUGAAUGUGGCAAACUUCAUGGUUAUCUUAUUUAAAGAAAUUGCCACAGCCACCCCGGCCAUCAGCAGCCACCACCCUGAUCAGUAAGCAGCCAUCAACAUCAAGACAAGACCCUCCAACAGCAAAAACAUUACAACUCACUGCAGACUCAGAUGAUCAUUAGUAUUUUUAGCAUUUUUUGUUCUUCUUUAAUAUCCGCUUAAUUAAAGGAGCACUCUCAUUGGAUUUAACUGAACAUUCAACCGGCUUCUCUGUUAUAGUUUGCUUAUGUUCUUUUUAAAUCACGCUUUCAUUAUUGUUUUUAAUUAAAGUAUGUACAGUAUUUAGACAUGAUGCUAUUGCACACUUAAUAGACUAUGGUAUAAUGUAAACAUAACUUUUAUAUGCACUGGAAAACGAAAAAAAAUUGUGUGACUUGCUUUAUUGUGAUAUUCACUUUAUCGCAGUGGUCUGCACCCAAACCCAAAAUAUCUCCAGGUUAUGCCUGUACAUUCCAAAAGGUGACAUUAAGAAUAUAUAACAACCAGUAUGGCUCAAGCGCAGACCAGUCAGAACAGACACCAUCCAGAAACACCUGAUACCAGCAAGUCCAGGCUGUAUUCCACAAAUCAAAAAUUCCACCAUGGGGUGGGAAGACCCAAAGUCAAAUACAUUUGGGAUAUGCUAAUGAAGUCAAACGGGUUUCUUUUUUGUUCUUUUUUGAAACAGAGUCUUGCUGUGUCACCCAGGCUGGAGUGCAAUGGUGCAAUCUUGGCUCACUGCAACCUCCACUUCAUGUAUUCAAGCAAUUCUCGUGCCUCAGGCUCCUGAGUAGCUGGAAUUGCAGGCGUGUGUCACCAUGCCCAGCUAAUUUUUGUGUUUUUAGUAGAAAUGAGAUUUGGCCAUGCUAGCCAGGCUGGUUUCGAACUCCUGGCCUCAAGCAGUCCACCCACCCUGGCCCCGCAAAGUGCUGGGAUUACAAGCGUGAGCCACUGUGCCUGGCCCUAACAGGUUUCUUUACUGUAGUACCUC